AAUACACAAUUUAUUAGAUUUUGGGAUCGAAUUACGGGCAGAAUCUGAUCAUUUGCCUGUGUGCGUGCAUUUAGCAGUAAAUGCUUCUGCACUGCCAUCGGCAGGGCAGCGGGCAGGAGCAACGAACUUGACAAUAGGAAGACAACGGUUUGUAUGGAAAGAGGAAAAGCGACAGGAAUUUGUACAGGAUAUUCUUAACUCGGCAGGCUGGGCGCGAGACGAUUGCUCGCCGGAAACGCAAACAAUGAACUUAGAAGGACGGCUCUACCGCGCCGGGAAGGGUAUGCGAAGGUGGGGGAGAGAAGGAAGGGAACUGACCCAAGGGUGGUUUAGCGAGGAG